ACCCGUGGAAGAUGUCGAACCCGAGAAACAGUGACACCAAGCCCCCAUGUUUGCCCCGCAAUGGACUGGUGAAGAUCCCCACGCAACCCAACGGCAUCGGCUCCGCCAGCAUCACCAAAGGCACCCCCGCCGUGAAGAACCGCCUGUGCCAGCCUUCCUCCGUGCCUGCCAUCCUCAGCCCGGCCUUAGCCCACCGCAGUGACCUGCCCAUCCCCAGCCUGGCCUCCCCACUCUCCUUGGCCACUCUGGCCAGUGUCUCCUCCCCUCCCGGUGCCUCCUUGGUGGGACUGAACACGAGCGAAGGCUCGGAGCAGCCCUCGCCAGAGCGGCUGCCCAGCUCACCCUCAGAAAGGCAGCUGGCGGUGGACGAGAAGAUCCUCAACCGCUUGUUCUGGUACUUUUCGGCGUGCGAGAAGUGCGUGCUGGCACAGGUGUGCAAGGCGUGGCGACGGGUGCUCUACCAACCCAAGUUCUGGGUGGGUUUGACACCUGUCUUGCACACCAAAGAGCUCUACAACGUCCUGCCCAGUGGCGAGAAGGAGUUUGUCAGCCUGCAGGGCUUUGCCGUGCGCGGCUUUGACGGCUUCUGCCUCGUGGGCGUCUCCGACCUGGACAUUUGUGAGUUCAUUGACAACUACCCCCUCUCCAAGAAGGGGGUCAAGUCCAUGAGCCUUAAGAGGUCGACCAUCACGGACGCAGGGUUGGAGGUGAUGCUGGAGCAGAUGCAGGGGGGUUGUAACGACUUCACAGAGGCAGGGCUGUGGUCCAGCCUCAACGCCCGCAUCACGGCGCUGAGCGUCAGCGACUGCAUCAACGUGGCCGACGAUGCCAUCGCCGCCAUCUCGCAGCUCCUGCCCAACCUCACCGAGCUCAACCUGCAGGCCUACCACGUGACGGACACGGCGCUCGCCUACUUCACGGCCAAGCAAGGGUACACCACUCACACACUGCGCCUCAACUCCUGCUGGGAGAUCACCAACCACGGCGUGGUCAACAUGGUCCACAGCCUGCCCAACCUGAGCGUCCUCAGCCUCUCGGGCUGCUCCAAGGUGACAGAUGAUGGUGUGGAGCUGGUGGCUGAGAACCUGCGGAAGUUGCGCAGCCUGGACCUCUCCUGGUGCCCUCGCAUCACCGACAUGGCGCUGGAGUACAUCGCCUGCGACCUGCACAAGCUGGAGGAGCUGGUGCUCGACAGGUGCGUGCGGAUCACGGACACCGGCCUCAGCUACCUGUCCACCAUGUCAUCCCUGCGGAACCUCUACCUGCGCUGGUGCUGCCAGGUAGGUGGGGGACAUGGCGGUGGCUGUCCCGAGGGCACACUGGGGAGGGCGCAGCGGCUGCCACCACCCUGGGGACAGGCCACCAGCUCAGCUUGGAGGCUCCAGGGCUUGUGCUGGGGAGUGGGAAAGG